UGCUGCGGGCCGGCCGUGUCAGCGCGCCCCGUGUGUUCGCAGACGAACGCGCUCGCCCGGUUCCCAGAGCUGGAAGGCGACGCCAAUCCAACACGUAAACGGCCCACAGGGGAGAGGAAGUCAGUGGCGAGCGUCCCAGUCGAAUUACAGAAUGUGAUUAUUGACGGGGCGGAACAGCCGUCUGCCCUGGGAUCACCCGCCGCGCCACGGUUCGGCGUCAACGACGGUCGAAGCAACUGAAAUUUCUUCGUCUUCCCUGUAAGAAGGAACUGUUCGACGCAAAUAUGGUGCUGCGGGCCAGGCGCCAACUAUCGCCGAAACGCAUGUGCGCCGCUGCGACUGCCGCCGUGGAGCGCCGAGAUCAAUAAUGCUGUCGAGAAUCGAUACGUGAAAGAAACAGUUGAAUGUGGCGGUGCGCGCCACGCCGGCUGCGUCUGGCGCUAGAGGGAUCAGACUCAGAGCAGCGGCAUUGCGUGUGAGUGCUGGUGCUGUGUAAGUGGUGGUGGCCGGUGUUUUCACGAGUGUCGGCGGCGCCGCGAUCCGCCCCUGGUUCGGUAUGUGGCGGAGACUGCUGGCGGCGCGCUGUCGCCCUCCGCUGCGCUCUUCCCAUUGUCGUCUGCGGUAGAAGAUGUGAUUCGUUUUUCUCUGCUUUUAUUCCGCUUCCGGUGACAUCAAUUCUCUCCAACAAAGAAUUUUUUCCUGGAAAAAGAAACAAUGGGGGAAAGAACUUCAACUUAUUUUUCUCAGCUGAAGGCGAUGAUAAUAAGGAAUCUUUUGCUCAAGAAAAGAGAAAAACGAAAGACAAUAGCAGAAGUAUUUCUGCCACUUUACUCACUUGGAAUAUUAAUAAUCAUCAAGAUAAUGAUACCAAAUCCCAACUUCCCCAUAAUGAAUACACCUCGAGGUGACGCAACGCUCUUCGAACAUUUUCAGCUUUCCAAGAAUCAUUCUGUGGCCAUUGUUCCAAAUACUUCAGAAACACAGGCAUUUGUGGAUGCUGUCAACCAACUUUGGCUUAAUAUGCAUCUUGACAGGGGCUUGCAUCCCAUCAACUUCAUGCUGUUUGAAACUAUGGAAGAUCUGCUCACAGCUUAUUGGUUGGAGCCAACAUCAAUACCAGUGGCUGUGAUAUUUGAUUCUGAUGAUCCAAUAAAAGGCAGACUAACGUAUGAUUCUGUUGUUCAAAUGUAUCAGAUACGAACCAAUCCAUCAUUUGUGGUAACUCCAUCCACUACGGAACUUUACUCAUCACCUGCGUCAUGCAGAGAUAGUGGGAAUUCUUGGGGUGGUGUGUUCCCCAUAGAGACAGGUGACAGCUGCCCUGUCAACCAGUACUAUUAUUCUGGUUUUGUUGCUAUCCAGGCACUGUUUGACUACACCAAAAUAAGGCUGGAUUCUAAUCGCAAGGAUAUUAGUGUACCUCACAUCUUGCUUGAACUUUUUCCAAAAGAAGCAUAUACAGGAGACUGGAUGGUUGCAUUCCGUGUUGUCAUACCACUGUACAUGGUGAUGGCAUUAUCACAGUUCAUUACGUACCUGCUUAUACUCAUCGUCGGUGAGAAAGAAAAUAAAAUUAAGGAGGGUAUGAAGAUUAUGGGACUCAGGGAUUCUGUCUUCUGGCUGUCAUGGUUCAUUAUUUAUGGUGCUUUUGUGCUGGUGCUUACUAUCAUAAGCACUGUACUUCUCUUCACAUUGAAGGUGUUCCAGCAUACAAGCUAUCUGCUUGUCUUCCUUCUUAUACUUCUCUACAGUCUGUCCAUAAUCAUGUUUGGCUUCAUGCUUACACCAUUCUUCGAUAAAAGUAGGACUGCAGGAAUCCUUGGAAAUUUUGCUGUCAACAUAAUGAGUCUGCUAUAUUUCAUCCAAGUAUUUGUGGACGAUUCCAGUUCCAUAGCAUUUUGGGUUGUUUCACUUAUCAGCUCGACAGGCUUUGCUCUUGCUAUGGACAAGGCCUUGGUGCUAGAUUUGUCUGGUGAUGGUGUCACUUUUGAUAAUCUGUGGUCAGGCCCUGGUAUUCCAUUUGGAGGCAGUCUUAUAAUGAUGGCAUUAGAUAUAGUACUGUAUGGGUUCCUGGCAUACUAUCUUGACUGCGUCAUUCCAAGUGAACAUGGUACAAAAAGAUCACCAUGGUUCUGUCUGACACCUGGUUUCUGGUUUUCAAAGAAAGCUACACCACAUGUAUCCUCUGUAAAUGGUGAGUCCGGAUCUUUCAAUGCUGCUGACGAGUCAUCUCAAGAUAUUGAACCAGUUGCGAGAGAAAUGAAAGGCAAGGAAGCCAUUAAAAUUGUUGAUUUAUUCAAAACAUUUCAGGCUUGCAGGAAGCCUGAAGUGAAGGCAGUAAAUGGAAUAAAUCUGACUAUCUAUGAAGGACAGAUCACUGCCAUACUUGGUCACAAUGGUGCUGGAAAAACAACGUUGUUCAAUAUCUUGACUGGUCUGACAGCACCAACAGCAGGGACAGCAUUUGUCUUUGGAUAUGACAUUAGGGAUCCAAAUGAUAUGCACACAAUACGUAGAAUGACUGGUGUGUGUCCUCAACAUGAUAUCCUUUUUGAUCUACUGACACCAAGAGAACACCUUGAAUUCUUUGCUGCUGUGAGGGGCAUUCCUUCAUCACUUAUUGAUUUUGAAGUAACAAAGACAUUACGGGACAUUGAUCUGGUUGACAAGGCUGACACGUUUGCCAAACAUUUGAGUGGUGGACAAAAAAGGAAACUAUCUGUUGGUAUUGCAGUUAUUGGGGACCCAAAGAUCAUAAUUCUUGAUGAACCAACUGCAGGAGUGGAUCCAUAUUCAAGGAGACAUAUGUGGUCAGUUCUCCAAAACAGGAGACAUGGAAAGGUUAUUCUCCUUACGACACACUUUAUGGAUGAAGCAGAUAUAUUAGCAGACAGGAAAGCAGUGGUUUCCAAAGGCCGAUUGAGAUGCUGUGGAUCUUCUUUGUUCCUAAAAAAUAAGUUUGGAAUUGGCUACCAUUUGACGCUGGUCCUGGAAGGUGUGGCACGAGAACAUGCCAUCACACGUCUUGUAACAAGUCAUGUUCCUAAGGCUGAGAAAGCAAGGCGGCAUGGGAGAGAACUGUCCUUCAUAUUGCCACACAAUGCUGUUGAUAAUUUUGCACCACUCUUCUCCGCCAUUGAACAGGAAAUAUCCACGAGAGCUAGUCGACUGGGAAUCAGUAGUUAUGGUGUCUCAAUGACUACACUCGAGGAGGUUUUCUUGCAUUUGGAAAGAGAUGAAGAAACAGAUUGCACAAUGGACAAUCUAUCUAAGAAGAUGGUUAGGAAUCGUGCAUUAAGCAGGUCUUUGUCACUGCAGUCAAAAAGCACCUCCUAUCAGAGUUUGCAAAAUGAGGGUGGUAUCCUUACAACAGGCAUCACUGACUUCCCUGGAAAAAUGUGUACUGAGACCCAGAUGGAUGGAAAUAUCAAUCAAGAAACUCACUUAAUCCCUGGCCUUGGAUUUGAACCUAUUGAAACAAAACCAAACACACUGCAAAUCCUCAUUGCCCUACUGAAGCUUAGAAUCCUCCGUAUGGUGAGGGACAUACAGAAGUUAUAUUUCAUGAUAAUUCUUCCCUUAGGAUUUGCAGCACUGGGAUUGUAUCUCAACAGCAUUCAGACCAUUGAAGCUAAGAUGAAGUUACUCGAUCUUGGUGGAGAUACUUAUGAAGGUAACAGGAAGUUUGUUGUGCAUAACGCUACAUCGGAAGACCUGGAUGAAUUUAUUCAAAAUCUUGAAAUAAGUGGGGCAACAUCUGUUGAAAUGUACAAUGGAAAUUUUUCUCUUCUGUUGGAUAUAGCACCCCAUAUGGCUGCAAUGAAUGUCAAUACAUAUGAUAUUCCACAACUCAGCCUCACAGUGAUAUAUAAUGACACAGCACAGCAUUCUUUGCCAAUAAUAAUGAAUACCAUUAGCAAUGCAUUUUACAAAAUGGUGAUGGCAUCUGUGAAUGAUGUGGAUGUUCAGCCAAUAGUUGUGAAGACACAUCCAUUCCAGCAGACAUCACAACCUGAAGAAUUCAAUAUGGGGACAUUCUCCUCUGCUUUGUUCAUAGGGAUGAUCUUUGUCUUAGUUCCAGUGAGUCUUGCAGUGGACAUGGUCUAUGAUCGUGAGAUUAAAGCAAAGAACCAGCUACGAGUGAAUGGCCUGUCAUUUUUCAUGUACUUCUUCACCUAUUUUCUGGUUCUUAUUGGCCUUAUGCUGUUCAUCUGUGGAGCCUUGCUGGCACUCAUCUUUGUGUUUGAUCUGCCAUCACUUCGUGAGCCACCAGCUUUCUGCACUCUGGGGGCACUUAUUAUCCUUUAUUGUCCUGCAUCCAUCCUCUUUGCAACCUGUGUCUCCUACAUAUUUGAUAAGAUGGAUUCAGCACAAUCCAUUUUGCCAAAUAUUGCUACUUUCCUUGGUCUAAUUCCUUUCAUUCUGGUUAUGUUCCUUGAUAUGUUUAGGAUAGGAGGGCGUGCGGCGCUGGCGUUGCAUGUCGUGUUCUCCCUCCUGAACACGAUGUAUAUACCGUAUGCUGUUGUAUACUUUGUGGAUCGAGUGCACCUCAUGUGCAGUGUGAACAGUGCUUGUAACUAUUUGACUGUCGCUGAUUACCUCACUGAAGAAGUGAUUGUAAUGUUGGUUGGAAUACUUCUGCACAUACCAUUUUGGUUCUUUGUGCUUCUUAUACUGGAUGUCAGAAAGUCUGGUGGGAGAACCAGUGAUGUCUUCAAAUAUUUAUUUGAAAAGAGCUUGUAUGGGAAUGAGGAUGAUGAAAUAAACGUGACGAGUGGAGCACACGGAAAAAGCUGUAAGAUACAGAUUGCUCAAUGCGUGUCAGGAAAAAAGAUGUCAAAGCUUUCAUGCUUUGAUAAAUUUCCACAGGAGAGAAUGAAAGAAGGAAAAAGGGCUGGAGGGAAGGAGGAAGCAGCACAUAUACCACUUACUGCAGCCUCCUCUCCAAUGAAUCAUGACCGGAAAACUUCAGAAGAAGUAACUGAAAAUAGUGACAUUGGAGAACAUGAAGAUAAUGAUGUUAAAGCAGAAAGACAGAAGGUUGCUGACAUAAUGGCCAGCAAUAUAACAAAGCCACCUGUGGUAAUAGUUCAGAAUCUUCGAAAGGAAUAUCAUAAAAAGGAGUUGAAAAUGUGCACAUGCAGCUUGUGUUGUCCGAAAGAGGAAGAGGAGGAUGUCCACGUCAAGAUUGCAGUGCGAAAUCUGUCUCUGGCAGUAGAUGCUGGAGAAGUUUUUGGGCUUCUGGGACACAAUGGUGCUGGAAAAACAACUACGAUGAAAAUCAUGAUUGCUGAGGAAGCAGCAACCAAAGGAAGGGUCCAGAUUGGAGGACAUAACAUCACAUCAAAUAUUGCAGAAGCCUUUCAGCUGAUGGGUUACUGCCCUCAACAUGAUGCUCAGUGGAAGAAUAUUACCGUCAGAGAGCACCUCGAGUGUUACGCAGCCAUUCGAGGUGUGCCUCCAGAAGACAUUCAGAGGGUGGUGGACAUGUACCUGAUGGGUCUGCAGAUCCAUGAACAUGCUAAUAAGCAAAGUCAACACUGUUCAGGUGGAACGCGCCGCAAGCUUAGCUUUGCAAUGGCAAUGGUGGGUGGUCCUUGUGUCGUAUUGAUGGAUGAGCCGAGUACCGGUAUGGACCCUCGCUCAAAGAGAUUUCUCUGGGAUACAAUCCUUGCUAGUUUUCAGGGGACCAGAGGUGCAAUCCUCACAACACAUUCCAUGGAAGAGGCAGAUGCUCUUUGUUCAAGAGUUGGUAUAAUGGUCAAAGGAGAACUGAGGUGCAUUGGUUCAACGCAACACCUUAAGAACCUAUAUGGUGCUGGGUACACACUAGAGAUGAAGCUGCGUGGUGGGGACCGCACACCGACGACACCGUCUUCAGACAGGCACAGCGACCUCAGAGAAUUUGUCAAUGGACUUUUCCCUGAUGCAUCUCUGGAGGAAAGCUUUGCUGAUAGGCUGGUGUUUAGUGUACCACAGCAUGCCGUCACAUCCCUUGCUGAGUGCUUCACACAGCUUGAAAAAGCGAAGCAGGAGCUUGAUAUAGAAGAAUACAGCUUCAGCCAGACAACAUUGGAACAAGUUUUUCUGAAGUUUGGUCACUACGAUGAAGUGAAUGGUGACUGAGGCAACUCCAGAUUUUUUGUUGAUGACUUACUUUCAUCGUGUGUAAAAAAGAUAAAUAGUUUGUUAUCAUAUUUUAGGGCUGUAAAUAUUUAUGAAGUACAACAAAAACGUUUUAGGUAGGGUAAAAAAAUACAAGAAGUUGAAAUUAAAAAAAAAUCCAUUGAAUCAUUUACACUAUCCAACAAGAUGAAGGCUGUUUUUCAAUAUGCAUGUGAAGUCUGAGUCCCCCUUACAAUUCAUUGUCAGAUUUGUAUCGACAGUUCUAAAUAUUUUUGACAUUGUUUUAUUAAAGUGUUGGUGCCACAAUCUGAUUUGAAAGGUGAUGAAACUGAAUACAAAAUGUUGCUAUAAAAAGGUAUGAAGGAGAAUUUCUUAUGGAGGCUCUAAGAUCUGGACUCUCAGUGCAAAAAUUAUGACUAUGUGCCUGAAGGAGUCAUGUCGUGUGUUAUGUGAUGUGAUGUGAUGUUAUGUUGUUAUCAUUUAUGAGACAGUGUUUUUGUCAAAUUUGUGAUACUGGAGCUAAGAACUUAUACCUAAUUGUGUUGCUAAAUGGAUGCAGCUGGAAUUAAAUAGGUUAUCUGAACAAACAUUAACUUUACGUUGUUGUCAUUUUCAGGAAGAGAAAAUAUGUGUAUUGUGUUUAUAGCAGUUUGAGUAACAAGGAAAUUGCUUGCUAUGAACAUAAAAAAACUUGUUUCCAAAGAUAUAUCAACACUUCCAUUGUUCGUUUGAAAACUGAGUAUGAGUUGCACAUUUGUUUAAAUUAUUUUAAUUUUCAGCAUCUUUGUGCUAAAAAUUUGUCAAGAGGGCCAAGUAAAUGCCGUAAAUUCUCUUAAAAGAAGAAUGAAAAAGCAUUAGUAUUUCUUGUAGAAAAUGUAAUGUAGUUGUCAUUAUUUGAUGUACAGCAAGGCACAAGAAACAUUUGCCCUUGUUUUGUUGUAAGUAAUUUUCUUAAAACUGAAAUGAGACUGUAUUUGUGAUUUUGUGGAGAAUCAGUAUUUUUAAUUUUAUUAGCAUGCAAUACAUUAAUGGCAAAAGGAUUUUGUAAUUUUAAGUAAUGGAACAAGUCAGUGGCAUAUGGAUUAAAAACAUUGCCAAAAGUACUUUGUGAGCAUCACAACGAAUAGGGUUCCAUAUAGAAGGAGCUUGUUUUUAAUCUUUAAGAGAGCUACAAUUAUAAUCAUACAUUUCAUUUGGCUGUGAUUUUGAAACACAUUUUAUCUGCUUUAAAUAAGUGUUUGCAAAUGGGCUAUGACAAAUAAUGAAGCAGUGUUUACCAUUUUCAUCCACCAUAUUUCACUAUACUGGUAAACACACUGUAAUAAAAAUGAAUUUUUCAUGAAAGGAAUCUUAGUUUGCUAUUAUUUACUUAUUUAUUUAUUUAUUUUUAAGAAAUAUGCAUAUCUUACAGUUAGGUUGUUGCAGCUCAGCAUUUCAUAUAAAAAGCAAUGUUCCCCAAAAUAUAUGGGCACAGCAGAAAAAAGUAUUCCUUUGAAUUGUUUAGCAUGGAUUUUAAUUCUGUCCUAAAGGAAAUGCAUUUUCUUUCAAAAAUAUAUGGAAAAUACAAAAGAAGUAGAUUCAAGUUUUGUUCCGUGAAUUCUGAACAAUCGGAAAUGAAGUAGACACUGCAGCUAUGAAUAAAUAAAAAUAAACAUAACAGUAAUAACUUAAUUACAACUCAGCUGUUACACCUUGUGCUCUUCUCUCAUCUUAUUAUUUCUACAUUUUAAGUUUAAAUUCCACUUAUAAUGUGAAAGAGUCUGUGACAAAAGUACACUCUUCAAUUGUGGCUGAAAUUUAAUUGAUACAAAUUUAUGCAUUUUAUCCUUUACUAUUGUGACUGUUAUUAUUGUUAGUUUGUGAAUAUUAUCUGAAGAAAUCAUAGAUCAUUCACAAUAUUUUGUUUUACCGUGUAAGUACUCUCCACUCAGUCAGCCAGCCAGCCACCACCAUUUAUGCUUCAUUUGUAACCGUAGCCUUCAGCUUGCUUGCUUUUGUUUAAAUGAUUUAUUAUAAUCAGGAAACAACGACUUUAAAAGCUGUUUGUCAAUUGCACACUUUUUAUAAAAAUUUACACAAUACGAAUAUAGUGGUUUUAAUAAAUCUGUUAUAUAUUUUGAUUUUAGUGAGGGACAGUUCUUUAAAGCACAUUUUUUUAUAAACUACUGUGAAGUCUGAUAUAAAAUUAUAAGUUUUUGAAUUCAUAAUUUGAAUUUUAAAAUGUACAUAAUUGAUGUACAUGGUAUCAAAAUUCUUGUUGGUAUUAUACAUUAAAAUAAUUUAUGUUCAGUUUCUCUCAAAUGAGAUAUCUACGUGAAUGCUGUCUCUUAAAGAAUUACAACAUAGUAGUGUGGUUUUUGUAAAUGUGUUUAAGCUGGGAGUGACUUGGCCAUUGAAUUAGAAAUAUCUUGCUUCGUGAAAUGUCUUGUUCUGUUUUGUGGCAUUUUGAUGGAUUAAAUCAGCAAAACUUUAGUAUUCCUCCAAGAAUAACUACAUUAGAGGGAGGCAGAUAAAUCUAAGAUUUUAUUUAUUUAUUCAUCUUUUGAUCAUUCACACAUUACUAUCUCUUGGAAAUUUGUGUGAAGAAAACAAAGAAAGAUUUAUGAUAAAAUCUAGAGAAUUUGUUAAUUUUAUUUUGAAAGUUUUAUUGCAAUCAAUGCUGCUUAAAUAUAGAAACAUUUGUAUAAUAUUUACCUGAAAGAGUAUGCAUUUCUCAUGCUCAGCUAAGAGUAUCUAUUAUAAACAGUUAUGUGAUAUUAAUUUUGUUACAGUAAUUAUUUAAGAGCAGACCAACUAAAUGCUAGCAAUUUAGACACUCAAUUAUUAAGCCAUUUCAUAUGUAGAAUAUUUCUAAAAAGUUAUAAAAUAGUGAAAAGGAACAGCAGAGCUCAAGCUAGGCAAUUUCUUGCAAAUUAUUGCUUUAUUUCAGUCUUAAAAUAUUGCAAUUCAGUAUUCAGUAGAUUUUGUGGAAAUAAUAUUUUGAAAUUAUUCAUGUUUUAGUUUUAUAUUAUAAUAAGCCAGCUGGUCUGGUGCAAGUGUCAUUUUCAGCUGCUUGUUUUAAUAUAUGAUAGCCAUAGUGUCAACAACAGACAUAUUCUUCUUCUGUAGGGGAAAAAUAAUAAAAUUAUAGCAACAUUUAUGCUAAGGGUGAAAUCUGUUUAUAAUAGACAAGACUGCAUUUCAAAUUUAAUGAUAUUUGUUAUUUAAUAAACAGUGUAAAUUGUAAAGUGAAAAAUUCAUAGAGAAUGGACAGAAUGUUUAGAAUGUCAUAUGAAGAUUUUUUGUCAAAGCAUAAUUUUCAUUAAAUGUACAUAAAUUAUUUUUUUAUUGCUGUUGUGCAGUUAGUGUGUCACAUUGUUUGGACAAUCUCACUGCCAAGAUCAGUCAUUUUCAAUAGACAUCCUAACUGUGAAAGUUAAGCACAACGUAAAGUGAAAUUAUGCAUGUUAUUUACUUAGAAUAUAUUGAGAUUACUCUGUAAACUGUUACCAAAUAAUGACUUGUUGGGAGACAAA